UAAUAUCAAAUUUAAAAUAUUUUUCUCAUAUUCAAUCAUGCAAAUAUUUUCCCCAUGUCUGCCUUCUUCCAUCUUCAGGCUUUUGGCCCCCUAACGUGGCAAACAACGUGAAGCAUAAAUGAUGUAUUUAAUCCUGCAGUGCACAUCGCCUGCAUAAAAAACCAGCCAAAAAUCAACAAACUUGAGAGAGAUUUCACAUCGCAGCAGACUAAUUAAUACGGCAAGACUUCAUUUUUAAAGUAGAAUUGUCAAUCAAACGGCAAGCUACCUCCUCCAGUUCAUUAAAAUAAUAUAUCUCUGAAAAUGAACCGUCUCUGUGACAUACAUAUUUAUGCAUAAUCUGCAACUGUCGGAAUCAUCCAACUCUGUUUUCACUAACCAUGAAGAAACUUGCAAUAGUUGCAGCUCUAUUGAUUUGCCUACUCGGUAAAGGCGUGGCUACCACAACCUUCAAAUUUGCCAACAAAUGCUCCUACACAAUCUGGGUCGCCACUCUCUCCGGAGCCAACAGCCCCCCUCUCUCCCAAACCGGCUUCCAACUGCAACCAUCCUCCUCGUCCUCCCUCCCCGCCCCUCCGGCAUGGUCCGGCCGCUUCUGGGGCCGCUCCUUCUGCUCCACCGAUUCCUCCGGCAAGUUCUCCUGCCUCACGGGUGAUUGCCGCACCGGCCAAAUCCCCUGCAACGGGGCCGGCGGUUCCCCUCCCACCACCCUUGUCGAAAUCACUCUCGGGUCCAAUGACAGCAACAAGGACUUCUACGAUGUCAGUCUCGUUGACGGCUAUAAUCUUCCGGUCGCGGUGGCGCCGGAGGGCGGCUCGGGGGAUUGUAAAUCGGCUGGUUGUAAAUGGGAUUUGAAUGGGAAAUGCCCUCCCGGAUUAGCGGUGACCGGGCCGGGCGGGUCGGUUAUAGCGUGCAAGAGUGCUUGUGAGGCUUUUGGGGACCCGAGGGAUUGUUGCACGGGCGCGUACGCGACUCCGAGCACGUGCGGGCCGACGAACUAUUCGAUGGUGUUUAAGAGCGCUUGCCCGGCGGCAUAUAGUUAUGCGUAUGAUGAUAGAAGCAGUACUUUCACUUGCGUCGGGCCGCAAAGCUAUACGUUGACAUUUUGCCCGUGAGUUUUGGGAUUUGUUGUGGGUGGGGCGAUGGUUGGUUGAUGUGUAUGAGAUGUGGGAUGUAUGGAUGUAUGUGAUUGAU